GCGAUUUCGAAAUGAAUCUCAUAUUUAAAAAAAUUCAUCGUGUUCAAUUCAUUGCGCGUUUGCAUUAUAUUCAAUUCUAAUUUGAAGAACUGUGAAACUUCGCGAGUAAUAAAGUAAAAUCACCAAUCAAUUUGAAUACUGUAACCGAUCAAAAUAAUUCAUUUUUUCUACGAUUGAGUACAUAUUUUUUAAAGCGAAUUCUCUCAAGAAUUUGAGAUGUCAUUCGAUGAAUCAUCCUGCGAAAUUUUCAAUUAUUACGGUGACAACAUAAGCAGAUACGUGAACAUUUCGAUAUGCUUCGUCGGAGUGAUUCUGAAUCUAUUCAACAUCCUGGUAUUUACAAGAAAAAACAUGAUGUCAUCAGCCAAUCUGAUAUUCACACAUUUAUCCGUCGUCGAUUUAUUGUUUUUAUUCAGUACCAUUCCAUUUACAUGGAUAAAAGACUUUCAAUACAGCAUUGAUGACGUGGACCAUCGAACUUACACUCAUGCUGUGAUUUAUUCUCGAUGCCAGGAUCUUACACACGUUCUGAACUACAUGUCAGCAUUCCUUACAGUUAUGUUGGCCAUUUGGAGAUACAUUGCAGUUGCACAUCCAUUGAAAGAACGUUCUUGGUGCGAUAUGAAAACUACACGCAAUGUGGUGAUAGCAGUUUAUAUUAGUAGUGUUUUGCUUAAUAUACCAUACUGGUUUACGUCUAAUAUCACAACGUUUUACACCGAUGAUGGAGAACCUUGGUACUACCCUUUUCCAGUGGUACGAGGUUCAAUGGCGGAUAUUUCAUACCUAACUACAGCAGUGCUAGAACAAUUACUGCCAUCAGUUGCCUUGCCAAUAUUUUCUUUCAAACUGAUUGUAGUUCUAUUGAGAAAAUCAAAUAACGUACAACUGCAGACUUCGUCUUCAAGCAUCCGAAACAACACCAGAAACCUCAGGAUGAAACAACAAACCGACCGAUCAAUUAUCAUAACGUUGGUAGUUGUAGCAUCAUUUUUAAUCGUACGACUUCCUACAGGAAUAUCCAAGUUAAUCGUCAGCAUACCUAUACCUAGCACGUACAUUGUGAUGUCUUAUAACGUAAUCAUGUGCAUUCACAAGUUGAGAUCGGUAUUCGGGACCUUGAAUAUAAUCAAUAUGUCCAUUACGUUUAUAGUAUAUUACACCAUGAGUCAAAAUUUUAGAGCCACGUUUAAAUUUCUGUUCAGUAGUAUUAAUGUGUCUUCUCCAGAAGUGAACCAGGUUGCUUUAGGAAGUAUGAGAAAAUCUUAUACAGGUCCAAGAGUACUUAGAUGAGAAGAUGAACACUAAUGAAGGUAUAAUUCCUGCAUGAAAUCAAUAGAGAUCUCACAAUAGAGCCAAGAGUCAGUAUCUACAAUUUCAAAUGUCAACUACCUAUUUAAACUUCAAGUUUCAUUAUAGAAUUCAUUCAAAUACGUACGUACCAGCUCAGAUACGUUUUCU